AGCAAGUGGUCCAUGGGGGGAGAAGAGAAGCAGCAGCAGCUACUACAUAACAGAGAGAGACCCAAAAGAGAUCAUCUUUUGCCUUAUCUUCCUCCCAAAACAAAUCUCUCACUUCUCUGCACCCCGUGGUCUCUCUCUCUCCCCAGGUAUACUCCUCCCCUGCUUCUAGGGUUUUCUUCAAUCUCAUCACUCUCUCUUCUCCAAUUCAUUGGACUUGGUUUCUUGCUUACUCCCCUCCCUGAUUGGUGUACAUCUUCUCACCUCGAUCUCCGCUUUCUCCUUCUGGGUUUUGUGUCAGAUACACCAAUCGAUUGAAUCCACCCACCCAAUCGAUCAUCCAUAUCAUAAAGAAUGGCAGCUGAUCAGGGGAGGAAGCGGAUGAGCAGCGCCAAUGUUAUUGGUUUCAGUUCCAGGGAGCAUUACAGAGCCAAAAGGAAAAAGCUUGACGGUGCUUUGCGUUCGGGAGAUGAUCACAUCAGUCUUGAAUGGGACAGCAACCGCAGCAAAGUAGUCUCUAAGAAGGAACAAGUUGGUCUAAGUUUGAGGCAUCUUCGUGAGUUUGUUGAUUAUGUUCCUCCUAGGCGGAGUCUCUUGGCACAAGUAUGCCCCGUCCCUCGCGAAACUUUCCACCUGGAAAAUCUGUCUGAGGUGCUUUCUAGUGAGGUGUGGCGGAGUUGUCUAUCUGAUGGCGAAAGAGAUUAUCUUCAGCAGUUCCUCCCUGAGGGAAUUGAUGUGGAGCAAGUUGUUCAGCAGUUGCUUGGUGGGGAGAAUUUUCAUUUUGGAAAUCUUUUUCUUGAUUGGGGAACAUCUGUCUGCUCUGGCAAAGCUCAUCCAGAUGAGAUUGUUUAUCAGGAGGAGUCUCUGAGGACUGGUAAAAGGAGAUAUUACGAGGAUCUGGAGAAAUACCAUAAUGAUAUUAUAGAUUAUCUUCAGAUGCUGAAGGAGAAAUGGGAAAGCUGCAAAGAUCCAGAGAAGGAUGCUGUUAAGAAGAUGUGGUGGAGAUCAAGAGAAGGCAAUGAACGUGUAAACGGUAGCUGCCAGGAUCUAACUGCUACCUCGGACUCUAGUUCCUGGAAUGCAGAUGAUAAACCAUGCAAUAGUGAUAGGGGUGGAGAUGUUCGGAGAAGUAGGCCCAAGAGUUCUGCUGUGGAGAAAGAAAAGUCUCAAAGUCCCUUGAUUGCCCAAGAGAAUCUUGUAAACGUGGGCGUGAAAGCUAGAAACAAGGAUAAGCUACCAAAACAUAGCAUUCAGCAAACCGAUGGUGCUAAAUACAUGUCCUACCUCAAGAUAAGCAAGAAGCAGCAUCAGAUUGUCACAAGCAUGAAGCAGUCUGGUAAAAGCAUUCAGUCGAAAGCACUUAAUAAAAUCUUGGGUAACAUCAACAGUCUGGAUGUUCAACCAUACGGAGUGUUUGUGGAAGAAGAGGAGAAGAAACUGACUGCUCACUGGCUGCAACUGGUUAAAGAUCUUCCAGCAGCAUAUGCAGUAUGGAAAAAGCUACAGUUACAGAAACGAGAUGUAAUCAACUCUUUGGAAAGAGAACUGAAGGACAAACUCAAUCCAUGGGUGGAGGAGGAUAAACAUCAACUGACUGGUGAUUUAGCAUCGGACGACAUUAAAGAUUCGGGAAGUUUGGAUCAAGAUUCUGCCAAGAAUCAAUCCCUUUCAAAGGAGUCGUCGUCUUACAGUGACCAAAUCACAGAUUCAGGUCGCUGCUUGCAAGUUGGUGAACACUCCUCACAGGUUUCUUCACCAGACUGUGACAAUGGCGUCAAUAUGGAGAUAACUAGAGAAGAAGGAUAUUCUUCACUCGGCGAUCAAAAGGACUUUGAAGCAAAUGAUUAUUCCAGCUCCAUAAAUCGCCACUCUCUCCAACAGGCUCCAUUUCUUAGUGAGCCGCCCCAAGAUGCAAUCCCUGUAAGCAAAAACUAUGUGCCAGAACUAGAGAAUGCUUCAUCAGACGAGAGGAUUCCUAGUACUAGUUCAAGCCAUGGAGAUGAGUUGCAGUAUUGUUCUGGUGGGGAUGUGUGGCAGCAAGUGGGAGGAACUAGGCAGACCUACGUUGGCCGCCAAGCUUACACCCCGAGCGGCGGGUUGUCAAUCAUACACCGUCCUGAAGGUGGUGAAGAAGAGAAAAACUAUUUCAUAGAACCGGACAUGCGUGAAGACGUUGAUAGAAGGAAGAUGUUGCAACCGAGAGCAGAUAACAGUUUUGGUUCUUUCCCUAACAACAAUCAAAAUGAGCUGCUCCAGUCUUUGUUUAAAGGUCAAGGCGGCGUGGCAUCUCGCACCACUGAGCAGCUUCACUCUCUUCUUAAAGUCCCACUUAACGAGGAGCAUAAACAGAUUAUGCCCAUUGGUUUUCAGCAGGAAGGAAGCAACAAUCUGAUGGAGGGAAGUCAAUUCUCUGGUCAGUUUCAGCAUCAGAUGACUGCUGCACCACAAGCACUGUCUCAGGACCAGCCAAGACAGGUUGACAUCUAUGGCCAAGGAAGCAUGCCAGACAACAUUUACUGCGACGGACGUGGAUUCUUGAUGCCGCGUCCGGACUGGAACACCGGUGCUGCUCAGAUUGGAGUCACUACACAGCCCCCGUUGAACACUGGCCCUUUGUUAAAUCAGAACUGGCAAUUUAAGAGCAUGUGGGCAAACACAAACGGUGUUGGAUGUGCGAGCCAAAGCAGUCAUAACGGGAGCGAGAGAGAUCUGAACCUUCUCAGAGCUGCUACUAACGCUGAGCAGCAGAUGAUUCAUAGGGGAAGUAGUUCAGAUCAAAGCUUAUUCUCUGUUCUCUCUCAGUGCAGUCAGUUGCGCCGUUCUAGAUCUGCUUUGGAGCCCGAAAGUUCGAGUGCUCAAGUGGUUGCAUCUGGUAACUACGAGAUGCUCAUGGAGGGAGGCACAACUCAGGUAGGCAGCAGUUUAGCUCAGCCUACAAAUCCGCUUGAUUACUUAAGUGGUAGCAACCCGGCAACAUCUUUGAUGCCAAAUGAUGAAGCAUGGAUGAACCAGAGUCGCGAGAACUCUAGUCUCCAUGACCCACUAGCCAAGCUGUAUCCAAGGUCAUGGAACCCGUAACCAAUCGUGUGAAGUUCUGCAUUUGCUGAAGACGCACUUGAUCUUAAAGAUUAUACAAAACCUGAACAUGGGUUUCUUAGUUUUCUUGUCCAUUUAUUAAUAUGUGCAUGUACAUAGAAAGAUACAGAGGAACUUUUGUUUUGUACAUAUUUAGGUUUUGAGAUAUGGGCUAGGAAAAGAAUAAGGAUACUUCCACCUACCUUUUCAUUUGAAUCUUACAUUUCGUCCUUCCUCUUUAAAGUUAUGGAUUGUUUACGUA